AUGGAUGCAUGGGAAAUAAAAACUAUUCUUGAAAAAGUUCCAUUAACUAAGAAAGGAAAAAAACAAUAUUUGUAUAGAGUUCGUUGGGCUGAUUCUUUGGUUAAUGCUGAUGAUUUCCCCAAUAAAUCAGUAUUACAAGCAUUUGAAAACGGUUCUUUUGACUGUGAAAUAAUUGGACCAGUUAAGCAAAGUAGAGGAAAAUCAUUAAUUGAUAUAACAAAUGUAAAUUGGUUAGUACGAUGUAAACGAACUGGUCAAGAAAAAGAAAUGAGUUAUAAAGAUAUUAGGGAAAGUUUUCCUGAGCAACUAAUAAAGUUUUAUGAAAUUAACUUGGCUCAGCUUAUUUAA